AUGUCAUCGUCUAAAGGCACUCGCCCUAAUAGGAAUUUCAUCCCAGUAAAGCACCGUCCGGCGGGACUUGUCUCUCAAGAAGACGAUAGUUAUCGUUCGCGAUCAACCCCAAGAAUCGGCAACAAGCCGUCCUAUAAGCAUGAGAAUAAUCAUGCUAAUGGAGUUGACGAUUCUCCUCUUGGGCAAGUCUUGGAUUUUAAGUUGAAGACUUCGAAUAGAUGCGUCACAUCUAUUAAUGAGCGGAAAAGUGCAUCCAACUAUUGUUCUACCCUCGACAACAGCAAUAACCAGAAUUUUCCAACCAACUACUCUAUUAUCUCCAUGAGUUAUUAUCAGGAGGACAAACGAUUGAACGGAAAUGGAAGCGGUGACAAAGGACGGGACAACCAGCGCGGGAACCGCAAUUCUAGCUCUCGGUCUGCAGUUGGAGUUGGAAACAAGACAUUCAAUGGCUAUGACAAACACCAUGACAAAUCGCUCCUCAAUUAUGAUGAUAGUGAUGACGUGUUUGUCGACAAAGUCACGUUGGAUGCCAGCGUUGGGAAGAACAAAUCUUCGGAAGGACCCAAUUUCGAGGAUGCACGCACCAAACGUGCCCGUUCCUGCUCUCGUCGUAGUUGCACCAACAAGUCCUUCGCAGCGUUGGACGGCUGCUACAACAAGGACUACAUUCCUGUCACGCAUCGUCCAGCCAGAAAGGCUGACGACCUCUUUUGCACUCGCCCAACAGUGCCACGUGGCGGCGUGAGAGUCGCCUUGAAUCAAACAUUGACUGGAAUUGAAGACGGAAGCUCUCAGGCAAAUAUGUUCACCAAAAGAGGUACCCGUAAUGGGGAUUUCAUCCCACUAAAACACCGUCCGGCGAGACUUUCCUCUCAAGAAAACGAUAGCUAUCGUUCCCGAUCACACCCAAGAAUCGGCAACAAGCCGUUCUAUAAGCAUGAGAAUAAUCAUGCUAAUGGAGUUGACGAUUCUCUUCUUGGGCAAGUCUCGGAUUUCAAGUUGAAGUCUUCGGAUAGAUGCGUCACAUCUACUAAUGAGCUGAAAACUGCAGCCUGUAUCGUUCCAAUGCAACCCAACUUGUUUAUCAUGAAAGAUGCUGUUGUAAGUCAAAAGUCGGGACACUAUAAACAGGAGGUAUCUGGAGAUGGUCGAGUGACGAGUAUUGUGAAUAGUGAGAAGGUCACGAAUGACGGAACAGUCGAAUGUGUCAACUCUCGACUUAAACAAUUGAUCACUGAACAUAUCCAAGCACAAAAUCAAGAGGACGCCAAAGUAAACAAUCCAACUGCUCACAAGCACAUUCAAAUUUUGCCUGGAGUUGAGCGUUGGUUUUGGGAACUUACCGGAACCAACAACUUCCAAAAACCAUCAAACAACAUUGUCCCAUAUUCCGACAACGGAUCGGGAUCGGGAGAUCUGACUGAUGGUGUCAAAACUACUGACCGUGACUUUGUUGUGAGAAAGUGCCAAGAAGAAUCUUUGCCCAAACUCCAAGGCCAGUGGAAUCUUGUGGAGAUGCCGUCAAAUAUUCCAGCGUACCGCAAAACCAACGGCGAUCUCAACAAAACGUUCUCUGGUUUUGAUUCAACUCGUGUUGAAGAUUUGUAUUUGGAGGACGAGUUGAAUGAGACUAUCAGAAACGACGAGAAUGAUGAUACAUUGGAAAUUGCUAACGGCAACACUGCCAAUAUCGUUUGGUCGGACCAAUGGACACAUUUCAUGAAAAUGAAAGAGUUUGCAUCUGACGUUUUCCCAAGCAGUGGGAUUGCCGGCGUUUACACUUGCUGGGCUGGAGGAGUCCCAGAAAUGCCAUAUAUUGUAGUCGCGAAAGAUUUCAUCAUGUUUUACGGCAAAACUGAGGCGCCACAGAGGAUGCCUCCGUACUUUCAGUUUGAGCUCCUUCCUUUGGUCAAAUCAUCCGAUGAUCGGAUUGUGCCCGGAGUUUAUCACUACGUUUCAGUUGAUCACGAGAUUUGGCCGUCGUUGAUGUCGCUUGGGGACCAUUUGAACAAUGCCUGUCACUCAGCAGACAUCAUCUACUACAAUGACGAUAAUCUCAACAAGGUGUCGACGUCUUCCGUUUCUUGCUCGAGCAAGAAACAAAAAGGAUUCUCUCAUGAUUUCUCUAACUAA